UGAAUUGAAAACAUGUUUCAACGAAUUUUGUAUUUUGUAAACAAAAUAAAUUAUUUUGUUGUUUACAUAAGUCAGAUUGUAUUUUACUCGUGAAUCAAAUUAAUUACGGAAUCACACGCUGUUACGUUCACCUUUUAUAAUAUUAUAGUAACUCUAUACUUUUGCCAUUGUUAGAGUUGAACUAACUUAAUUUUUUUCCCGCGCUGUAGUCGAAAGUAAACUUUCGCGUUUACAAUGCUAUCACCAUCCGAUAUGGAAAGGCUGAUUACAGUGAAAAGGCGUGAGAUUGUACAAGAGAAAAUUCUCCUUGGUCUAACCCAUACGUCCGCAGAUGUAAAACUAGAAGAUGUCGAAGAUACCGUGCCGAAUUUGAGACGAGUGCAGUUCGCGGACAAGUUGGCGAGCAAUGCCGAGACGGAAGCUAAGGAAGAAAGAGACAGAAAUGCUGAGCAGGAACCUCACAAGGAUUUAGAUGAGAGGAUUCCGCCGGAUUUGGAGAGAUACAUUAGGCGCUACCUCGGUCUGCCAGUAAUGCUGAAAGCAGGCGAGUACUCGCCCAACAACCCACUGAUUCGCGCAGAGAGGACUUCGGGCGACGUAUUGCUAGGACUAGGAGAAUAUGAACGGAGAAGGAAUACCCUGCGGAAGCUUCGGCAGCAACAGUAUAGGGAGUACCUUGAUCAGCAAGCGAAAAAGAAGCAAGAAGAAAAGGAACGCGCCGAUCGUGAGAGAAGAGAACGGGAGGAGAAAGAGCGGGAGAGAGAAGAGAGGGAACGCGAGAGGGAGAGAGAAAGGGAACUGUUAGAGCGAGAAAAGAACAGUCCGAGGCGAGCUAGUGCGGGUUGCGGGGGGAGUGUACCUUAUUAUACCAAGAAAGUAGACACAGGAGUGCAAGUGGAUUCUAUCCACAGUCCUCUCUCUGUCGCCGUGCAGACCGACGAUGCGGAUCUCUUUCAGCAGUUACGGUCCCCAACGAGAAGCCAGCGGACUGAAGCGGAGCGGGAGCUGUCUCCGCGCGCGGGCUGCGACGUAUGGAUAAAGCCACGCACGAUAAUUGCAGAGACAUUAUCGACAUCGCGCCGUCCGAUAUUCGACGUCGAGGCCAUACAUAUGAGGAAUUUGCAGGCGGAGAAGGAGGCUGCAGAACGACGCCAAUAUUAUCAACAAGAGCUGAAGAACCAGAUUAUGGAGCAGCAGAGGAUAAGAGAAGAGAGAAAGACUAGGGAAAAAAUGCUGGAAAAAGCGGAAAUGCGUCGUCUAGAAGAACAGCUCCGGAUGUUGAAACUGGCGCAAGAGAGAGAGGUCGGCAAACAGAGAGAGAUCACUGCUGCGAUAAACGCAGAAAAUCUGGAAUACAUAAAAAAACGCACUGAACUGCAAAAGGAAAUCGAUUCAGAAAAACAAUCGUUACUGCGAGCCCCCACCUCGCACAGCGACUCCUACUCCCAGCUACCACUCUACUACCCCCGGGUCAAACAAAAGGAUAAACCAUACUCUACGAAUAUUCCGGACAACUCUAUUUUCUCAUCUAAUUACGACGUCGACAGUUACCUUAGAAAAAAUUUGAAUUUUAAAAAUACAAACAGAUUCCAUCCUAAGAAAGAUGUUUUCGGCGACAAAAAUAAAGAUUUCAAUUACGAUGAUAAUUUUUUUUUAGACGCCAAAAAUGUCGAUAAAAAUAGUGAUGGACAACGGUCUAAUGCUAAAAAAGACAUUUUUGAUGACAAAAUAUUUGAUGCGAGCAAAAAGUUUGAUUUCGAAGAUGAAAAUGGUAAAAAUAAUUUGGAUUUAAGGAUUGACGAUUAUAAAGACAAGAAAGUGAUCGUAGAAAAGGCUAUUGUCCACGAGCCUAGAGAGAGAAUGUUGCCGAAACUUAAAAGUAUAGAAAAUGACGACACGCCAAUACCAGUUUUGCGACAUUCGCCCGUAUCGCAAAGGGAUAAGAUCGAAAAUGAUCUGAGCGAUGCAAUGAAGGUAGUUGAUGAUAAAUGGAAAGUACCAGCCGUACAAAAGAAUAUAUUGAGGUCUUUACCAAACGAAGAAGGUAAAAAUAUUAAUAUUUUAACUCAAUUGGGCUCUAUAAGGCGACAAUUGCAGUUGGAACAGUUAAAAUUAGAUAGAAUGGGAAAGGGAGAUGCAUGAUCUCUUUCUUUUAGAUUUAAGUUACUUCCAAACAUGGCUGUAUUAUAUGAUGUAACCGGCUUAAGGUUAAAAAAAUAUGCGUGGUCAAAGAUUUUGUUAUUUUUUGCAAUUAGCGAAUUUGAUUUAGUUUAAGAUAUAAAAUGCAAGAAUAAUGAAAAACUAUUUUUUUCAUGUGUUUUAGUAAAUUUUGUCCGCAAUAUUAAUUAAGUUAUUAUGUUGUACUGUUGAAUAGGUAUGUUGUACAAAUAUCAGUUUGUUUUUAUUAAUAUUAUUGAAAAUUAAUUAUUUUUAAUGCAUGAAGAUUUUCAAUUUUAAGAGAAGUUGAUCAUUUUAGUCAAUUUUGCAAUCUUUGUAUAAGUUUUGUUAAUUUUUUUUUUUAGUAAUUGUGUAUAUUGUAUUGCCUGAUCACACUGAAUAUUAAUAUCAUUCCAUAAUGGGUGCCUAAAACUAGGCAUUAAGUAAUAAAUUAGAAAGCAAUUUUACAUUCCUAAUUCUUGUAUUCCAUAUUCCUUACGAAAACAAAUUUACAUUUAAAAUUGUAAAGGCAAAUUAAAUAUAAACAAUGAGAUGAGAUUUGACGGUCCCAGGGUUCCGAUGUUCAACGGCUGAAGAAGUAACCGUGAAAGCGUUCAGAUUAGUGAGAAUGAGAUGAGAAAAUGUACCUACCCACAGACUUACACCGGUAGGUACCUUGGUGUGGAUUCGAGUCCCGUUCGAGUACUAAAAUUCAUUCAACUCACAUGUGUCUCAUGCAUAUAUAAAAUAGAUGCAAAUUAUUUUAUUGUAAUGUUAGAUUAUUGCAUGAUGAUAGUUCUUAAUAGACACAACAUAAUCAGAUGAAAAAUUAAAAAACAUAACUUUUUAAUUAAUAUUUGAGAAAUGACAUGUAUUUGAUUUACUCAUUGUCAAUAUUUUAUUUAUGCAAGGGAGAUGAUACAAACUAUUUUGCGCAAAAUCGAAAAUUUGAUAACCUCUUCCUUGUACUAUUAAAAUUUUAUAUAUCACCAAUAUUUUAAAAAUAAAGUACACAAUUAUAUCAAAGAUAUUUCGCUAUUAUACAAAUAGGUAGUGCCAAAAGUUAUACUUCCACAUAUGCAGUACUAUUAGAUUUCCGAAUUUUCAUUGCAAUUUUGUAAUUUUUUUUACACAUAUAGCCCAGCAAAUUAAAAGUUUCUGAAAUGUUUUAAAUCACCAUUUCUACUUUUUCUCUAUUAUAUACAUAUAUAUAAAUUCAAAAUUCGGCGAUUCUGUUUGGUUUUGCAAUGACAAAAAAUUUCGUUUAUCACUCUUAUUAGACAGACUAGAUUUACAAAGUAUUAUUUUAAUAACAUCAAUUAUCCUCAUUAGUCCUCUUAAAGCACAAAAAGAAAAGAAAAAUAGUUUUGAAUAUUACUUACUUUAAUUUGUGUACUUUAGUAACUACUAUUUGUGCUUUGGUUUACUGGGCUGUUGUGUAAUAAUAUAUGCAAAGCUCGAUAUUUUUAAAUUUAGCAUGAUAUAAGUUUUCGGAAAGACUGGAACGUUAAGAGCUUGGAUUAAGCCCAGUGAGAUUAAAGUAAAGUUACAUGUAAUUUUUAUAUUAAUUAUAUAUAUACUUACACGCGCUUUUUAUAUAAUAAUAAUAUGCCAAUUUUGUUGUAAGUGCACUUAAUAAUAUAAUGUCAAAUAAUAUAAUAACUGUAUGAUGUUUAAAUAUAAUAUGUAAGCAAAUUUGAUUUUUUGAAUUCAAAUGUUUUUUGCAAACAAAAAUAGCUUGAUUAACAAGUAAAAUGUUAUUCCGCCCAUAAAAUCAGCCAUAUCAAUCUAUAUGGCAAAUAAAAUUUUGUUUAAUUUCAUCGAAGAUUAAGAAAAAAAUUGAGGAUUUAUUUUGGUAUUGCUAAUUUAAACUUUUAUACGUUUUGUUUUUCUAUAUUAUGAUAGUGGAAACGAUUUUUCAUAUCAAAAAUACCUAUGUGAAAGAAAUAAAAACAUCGGGAUAUUGUUGUACAGUUAACUGCACAUCGAGUUAUUCAGCGGCAGAGAUCUAUGAAGGGUGACUUGAAAUGCGGUAAUAACUUGUUUGCUGAACGUUUGUCUCAGUGAUAAAAAUUAGGUCAAUUUAUAACUUACAAUUGCAUGGUCCGUUUAAUUUUUUCCUUAUUUUAUUAAAGUUUAUAUACAAA